GUCCUAAAACUAAUAUAAAUUUGCAGAAACAAGGAAUGGAUUUUAUUCAAUGGAUUAUUAGAAUGGCUAACACUUCAAAAUUAGAACUAAUUAAGAAAGUACUUUUAUUUGGCUUAUUGAAAAUUAUUAAAGAGACCAGAAAUGAAGACUUUAAUAAUUUAACAAGAGAACAAAAAAUAAAUCAAAUACUUUUGUUUAAACCUUUUUAUGGUUCAUUAGACAUGCCUAUUUACAAUACUGAGAAAGGUAAUGAAAAUUUAAAAGUAAUUAUAAUUAGAUUCCAAGAGUUUGAUCAACUUGAUCAAUUUGACCAAUGGAUAAAUGAGAAAAAUAUACAGGCAAUAAUAAAUCUUUUAGAAGAAAACGCUGAUA